AUGUCCUUCCUCACCGAAGCCACAACCCGUCGCCUGGCCACCCUCUCCACCCAGGCCAUCCGCUCCACAACCGUCACCACUACCGCGCCCAGAGCCGCUUUUUCGAGCAGCGUUACGCUGCAGAAGACGGUUGCUGACACGACGAAGGACACGCUCAAGACGGUGGACAGGACCAUGAGCGAUAAGUUGGUUGAUGCCAUUGAUAUUGGGUCAACCGUCGCCUCCAAAGUAAAGGAAGUAGCCGAAGACGUCACCGGCCAAAAGAACACCGGCGCUGCUGCCGAUCUCAAGGGGCAAGCCGCCGGUAUGGCCAAGAAUGUGAGCGGUCAAGCCCAGGGCAAGGCUAAUGAGCUGGCGGGCAAAGCUCAGAAGAUGGGGGGUCAGGCGCAGGGAAAGGCGCAGGAGUUGAGCGGACAGGCGCAGGGCAAGGCGAGCGAGGUUGCGGGCAAGGCCAAGGGGGCGGCUUAUGAGGCUGAGGGGAAGGCUAAGGGGGCUGCGGGCGAGUUGUAA